CUGAAUUCUGUCUGUAUUGUACUGUCAGUUUUACCAAAUCGGCAGUCAGUCAAUCCGAAGCAGCUGGUGUGGUGGUGUUAUUGAGGUGAUAGUAAACUUUGAUAAGCUCGAUAAAAGUGUUUUAUUUUACUCUGUGAUGAUUAAAAUGUGUUAAUUGUUUUAAAAUCUGUAUUCUCAAAUAUCGUGUUGUUAUAUCAAUCAUCGUCAGUUCAUUCACUUUGCGUUUUUACGAUCCCCUCGCCUUGGUUUUACUCGGGAUAGUCUACGAUCGAUGAAAAACAGUCAUUGAGUCAUGCUUGAUGGACCGGGUUGGAAUACGAGUAUUUCGAUAAUUUUAAAGAACAGGACUACAUUAGACCUUUAAAUCAAGAGUCGGUGUGCUGAAGUGGAUUUGUACUGUGCGUGCAAUGUGACGGGGAGCAGUAGCCAUGACCAGUGUCAGCCUGAAACUGGACAAUUUGGCCAGUUCGGAGCAGAUCACCAAACUGUUCCCCAAGUGUAGACCUCGUGACAUCAACCUCAAUCCUGUCAUUGACAACCAUGACUCCCUUAUGAUGGAUACGGAUAGGAGUGAAUGUGAAGUGGAGGGAGAAGGUGCAGGGGAUGGGGAAGAGAGCUGCAGCCAGGACACUUCUCCAGAGGACAGUAAUGAUGAUGAAGAGGAAGAGAUGUCCCCCACUGCACCACCAGUCACAGUCUCUAUGCCAUCAUCUCAACCUCCAGACAACAAGGUUAUCCUGCAGCUGUCUGGUUCCUCUUCAAAGCCUGCCACCUAUAAACUCAGGGAUUCUAGAAUAAUUGAGAUAGCUGGGGGACGAGAAGUGUUCUGUCAAAGUCGGACAAAGGCUUUAAGGAAGUCUCGUUCCGAGGAUAAAAUGGCUGGCAACAGGUGUAAAAGUAAAUCUCCUGCGGGCAUUUGGGAACUACGUACUCGGACUGGGGAGUCCAAGAGAAGCCAUCCAGCGAGAGAGGUUACGGAGACUGUUUUUUCUACGGAAGUGCGAUCCGUGCGUCAUCAACGUACACCUCCUUCCGCAAAAGGGGGCGCCGUGGUGUUUGAUGACAUAGAUGAGGGUUGGAGAGGCCUUAGGCUGGGGGGAACCUUGUCCUCAGGUGGCAGCACCCCCAGUCCUCCCAGCUAUCACUCCCAGCACCCGCCUGCUCAUUUCUUCAAGGUGUCCAACUCAGUGUCAGACGGAGAGUCACUGUCACCUGAAGGUGGGAAGGUGCCAAGGGUGAUCGGCAGCCUACCCAUCGCUGAGUACGAGGGCUCACCGCGUCGUUACGGGCCCCGACAGUCUGACAACCCUGUGCUGCCCAGUGCUCACAGCUUGCUGGCCUCCCCCUCCGUGUACACCCCUCGCCCUGGCUUCCCCCAGAGAGUGGUGGCAGAGGAGGGGGAGAGCAUGCAAGGUACAGAUAUGGCAACUUUAGACACCACAGUUGCUACCAGCCCCUCCACCAACUCCAUUGUUACCACUACAACCGCUACCACAACUGGCCAUAAUACCUUUGACUACCUCUAUGAAUUCUCUGAGACGCGCAAAGUGCUCGAGGAGUUCUUCAAACCUGGGGACAACAAACAUGCCAGUUCGCAACCUUUCCAGGACCUAGACUAUGAACUGAGAAGACAAUCCGGGGAAGGGAAUGCCUAUGUUGGCCUUAGGCUAGCAAAGUCAACCACUUCACAAGAGGAUGUCAACAUGGAGACUUCUCCACGCAAACCAAGUGAAGAAACUAAUGUUAGUGAUCUACUUGCACUACAGUCAAGCUGUGGAGGGUCAACGGAGGACCUGGAGACAGAAGUAGGUCAGGCGGUCGGCCACUCACGCAACUUCACACUGUCCCCCGAGACGACAGACUGCGACUCCAACUGUGAUAGCGAGGCAUCGUCCCUACUGGCGGUGGACCCUCUGCCACCCCCUCGCCCCGGUCCCCCCAACCCUCUCUUGUACUCCUCCAUGCCGGUGUUGGAGGAUGGUCUUUCUUCCGGCCACACUUCAGACACCGACAAUAACAACCCCACUGUUUUGUUAAUGAAGCGACAAAUUACUGAAAUAGAGAGAGAAAUCGUAGAAAGAAGUAAUCGACAGGCUGUGAAUGUAAAUGGUAAAGUGAAUGGUGCAGAAGACAAGACUGAUGUAAAGAAGAUUUCUCCAUCUAUGAUUGACCCUGGUGACAUAGAUCUUGAGUGUUUGGACCCACUAAGUGAGCGUACUCCCCCACCCCCUGCCCCACAGCCUCAUCGCCGCCUGAGUGAUCCACCGCCGCCCACAGUGGAGGCAGCUCUCAAGGACAUCCGUCUCACUCUGCAGCGCACCAAGACCCUGCCCUUGCGGUCCACUCCAGCCGAAACCACCCCUGCGGAGCCUGACACUAGCCCGAUCUGGAUACCCAGGUACUCUUCGAGUAAAGGAGGGUUUCUCUUCCGAAGCUCCAACAUUACUCAAGCUCACAGACACUUUGACUUGCUCCGACUGAUCUCCCUCACAUUCAUUCGAAACUCCAAACAGCACUGUUGCAACACUGUGUUUUGUAAUGAUUCAGCUAUGAUCCACGAACCUGCAGUACUGAUAGAGGGAGUGCUGUUCCGCGCACGCUACCUCGGCUCUACUCAGCUGGUGUGUGAGGGCCAACCCACGAAAAGCACAAGGAUGAUGCAGGCUGAGGAGGCUGUCUCACGGAUCAAGGUGGGGACGCACCACUCCGGCUGCGAGCUCGCUGCGCUCAAUCCGUCCGACUCGGACUCGACAGAACUCUCUGAUCUCGAGACAGAUACGAACCUGAAUCCUGCCAACUCCAGGUUAGGGCCUGGCUCGCUUUUCCGGCUUCGCUUUUUGGGUUCCGUCGCUGUUGACGAGGAGGACAGGUCCACUGCUAAACGUCGGCUCAAGAAAACUAUGGUUGAAGAAGCUGUCUUAAAGAUCAAGGCUUUGGCUCCUGAAGGUGAAACACAACCAAGCACCGAGGUGGACCUAUUCAUAUCUACGGAGAAGAUUAUGGUCUUGAACACCGACCUUAAGGAGAUCAUGAUGGAUCAUGCUCUGAGAACGAUCUCAUACAUUGCGGACAUCGGUGACCUGGUGGUGCUGAUGAUGGCAAGGCGGAGGUUUGUGCCACAUGAGGUUGAUGAUCCACCCAAGAUCAACCGCACACCAAAAAUGAUCUGUCAUGUGUUUGAGAGCGAAGAGGCCCAGUUCAUUGCUCAGUCGAUAGGUCAAGCAUUCCAAGUGGCUUAUAUGGAAUUUCUCAAGGCGAAUGGCAUUGAAGAUCAUAGCUUUGUUAAAGAGAUGGAUUACCAAGAAGUGCUCAACUCCCAGGAAAUUUUUGGGGACGAACUACAGAUGUUUGCGAAAAAAGAAAUGCAGAAAGAGGUGGUAGUGCCAAAGGCUAAAGGUGAGAUCCUUGGUGUAGUCAUUGUCGAGUCAGGCUGGGGCUCAAUGCUGCCAACUGUAGUUAUUGCCAACCUCGCCCCUGCGGGUGCCGCAGCCCGCUGUGGCCAGCUCAACAUAGGAGAUCAGAUUAUUGCCAUCAAUGGUGUUAGCCUUGUCGGCCUCCCUCUUUCUACGUGCCAGAACUACAUCAAGAACUCCAAGACACAGACUGUGGUGAAACUGACCGUCGUGCCAUGUGCGCCUGUCGUGGAAGUUAAAAUCAAGAGACCUGACACCAAAUACCAGUUGGGCUUCAGUGUUCAAAAUGGAGUGAUCUGCAGUCUGCUGCGAGGAGGUAUUGCUGAAAGAGGGGGAGUUAGGGUUGGACAUCGUAUCAUAGAGAUCAAUAACCAGAGUGUAGUCGCUGUACCGCACGAGAAGAUAGUCAACUUAUUAGCAACCUCUGUGGGAGAGGUAGGUUAUAUCCAAAACAUAUAUCACUUUAAACGCAGAUAACAACCAGAGCAAAGU